UGUGUGUGUGUGCGUGUGUGUGGCAUUAGACGGUGCCUUUGCGGACUAAGUGUGGAGUCCCACUGCUGAAACGAGGCCAUUCGCAAUACGUACCACGAUAACGACCGCGAUCACCGUUAGACUCCCAUCUCGCCUCCCCCACCCACUCCUGGCUUUUCUAGCGACAAACUCACUCCCAGUGUCUGUCGCAUUGAUUUGACGCCUGCUUAUCGAGACUCCAACAAUCUGUGACGACUUUGUAUCCUCUUCGCGCGUCGGGGAUCUACUUCCGCUUUCCCACUUGACUCCACCAUCUCGACCUUCGGCUCCCUGCGAUUAAUGCAGCUACUGCCUCAGAUCUUCAUCGCACCGUCUCUCUACCUUUGCUGGGGCUAUGCCCUCACUCGUUCAGAACAUCGACCCCUCUCCGAUACCACAAGGCGCAAUCAUGGAAUCAUCCGCUGCAGAUAAGAAGCGCAACAAGCUUGGAUAUCAUCGUACCUCUGUCGCAUGCGUGCACUGUCGACGACGAAAAAUCCGAUGCCUUCUUGCCGCGGAUGAUGCUCAAGGACGAUGCGAGAACUGCAUCCGACUGCGAAAAGAGUGCCAAUUCUUCCCCGUUGACCAGCAGCCCCCAAUCGAGAAGAAAUCACGCCCGAGUUCCCGGUUGGAAACGGCAUCGACAGAUCCCUCGACAGCCUCGUCUUCGCCUCCAACCCUCACUGGCGAUCAAACAGAGGCGUACUUCCCUUACCAGUCAAUGGCAUUGGGUACGAAUACCGACGUAGCGGGGUUCAACGCUGCUGUCUUCCCCGGCAAUCCGAUGGCGACGUUUGUUCCUGGUUUUGUUCCUUCUUCCGAAUUUGCGCCGCAUCCGUCCAUCGAUCCUUCUACUGUGGCCUGGGAUGAGUUUACAACGAUCCCCGAUCAACAAAUGCUAGCCUCCAUGGCCGCGGGCAAGACCAUGAUGAACGUACCUGCCAAUGUCUGGGCCCCUACGCCGGGCCAAAUGGCCCCAAUGCCGACCGCGUCCCCUCUACCAGCCACUCCGACAGUCCCGUCGCAAAAUCCAGCACUCAAUGUUGCACCCACGUACGCAAUGCAACCCGAUGGAUCCGUGUGGCAGGUCGCCCCCACGCGAUCAAUGACGUUCCCUGCGCAACCCACCGAUAUGGCUGCACCUUAUCCCAACCCUGCUCAGUUCGUGCAGCCGCUCCCCGCGGACCUCAAGCGCAGAAUGACCAGCCCGGCGCAAUCGUUCCCCGGCGUUCCGAUGAACCCUCAGAGUCCUCCUUCCGUCGAUCUUCAAGGGACACCGGUAUCUGUGUCUUAUCCUGGCCAGCCAGGGACGAUGGGGUAUCCUGGUUGGCAGGAUGUCAACGCCAUGUCUCCCAUGAGCGUGGUGCAGUACCCGAUGUACGCUGGCGAUCCUGUGCAACAAGCCGGCUUUGGUAGUCCACCGCCGAUGGGACAUCCAGGUCCAGGACAAUCUCCGCAUUGA